CUAAAAUACGGGAAAAUUAGUUAAACCCACAAAACUCCAAAACCUGCACCCCACAGGGCACCCCAUGCUUCCCUUUCACAAAAAAAAGGAAGAAAAGAGAACCAAAUUAACGGAGUAGCGUCGAGAAGAUUCGAGUUCGAUGCGAUCUUGUUGGUGUGUUCCGGCCAAUGGUGCGGCGGAGGAAUUACACCUUCUAUGAGAAUGGUGCAGAUGACGUGGCAGCGUAGCUUUCUCAAGAGGAAGUCGCCGUUAGGGCUCAAAAACCUUGGUAACAGCUGCUACCUCAAUUCAGUUCUCCAGUGCCUCACUUAUACCCCUCCCCUCGCUAAUUUCUGCCUCAGAUUCCUCCAUUCCUCCAACUGUGAUGUUGGGGCAUCGAAGGACAAGAAGAGUGAGUGCGCGUUUUGCAUAUUAGAAAAACGGAUUGUACGUUCAUUGAGCACUGAAGCAGCAUUAGAUACGCCUAUAAAAAUCAACAGCUGUUUGAGGAUAUUUGCAGAGCAUUUUAAGGUGGGGAGACAAGAGGAUGCACAUGAAUUUUUGCGCUAUGUAAUUGAUGCUUGUCACAGUACAUGUUUGAGGUUGAAGAAGUUAAAGCUACAGAGGCGGAAGGGUGGGGUUGAGAAUGGAGGAAACAGUGGUGGGAGUGGCAAUACAGUGGUUAAGGAGAUAUUUGGUGGGGCUUUGCAAAGCCAGGUGAAAUGUUUAUCGUGUGGGUCAGAGUCAAAUAAGGUGGAUGACAUUAUGGACAUUAGCCUUGAUGUUUUGCAUAGUGGCUCACUUAAAGAUGCUUUACAAAGGUUUUUUCAGCCUGAAGUCCUGGAUGGAAACAAUAAAUACAAGUGUGACAAUUGUAAGAAAUUGGUUGCAGCAAGGAAGCAGAUGUCAAUUCUUCAGGCACCAAAUGUGCUUGUUAUCCAAUUCAAGAGAUUUGAGGGCAUGUUUGGUGGGAAGAUAGAUAAGCCCAUUGCUUUUGAGGAGGCUCUGGUGCUUUCAAGUUACAUGUGCAAAGCAAGCCAGGAUCCAUAUCCAGAGUACAAUCUAUUUGGCACCAUUGUACAUUCAGGCUUUUCACCUGAUUCUGGGCACUAUUAUGCAUAUAUCAAGGAUGCAUUGGGCCAUUGGUACUGCUGUGAUGAUUCUUAUGUUUCACUCUCUACAUUGAGGGAGGUUUUGUCAGAAAAGGUCUAUAUCCUUUUCUUCUCUCGUACGAAACAGAGGCCACGAUCAGCCAACACAGAUUUGGUAGCCAAUGGAUUAAUGCCCCAUGAGUUGAAUGGCAGUACUACAACCAAGAUUCAAAAGUCGGGUUAUUUAGAGAAACCAGCGGGCUCAAAACAAUUUUCUGACUGUCAUAUUGAGGCAAAUAAUUCUACCAAAUCCAUUGAGACCAAUGGCCAUGACACAUCCAUAACCCAAAAGUCAGGUGGUUUGGUGAAGCCACUGAGUAUGGAACAAGAUCACUAUGACAAUUCAAUGACAAAUAAUUCGAUCUCAUCUAAGGUCGAUAAAGGGCAUUCUAGUCCCGAAAGGAAGUUCAGUGUCUCUGAGAAAUCAAGUAUCGAAAAGCUCCCUGCUACGCGGAAUAUGAAAAUUGUUGUUCACAAGAGAGAGUCCAAUGGAAAAAUUGGCAAUGCUGCACCAUCAUUUACUCUGACGGGAAAAGAUAAAAAAGUGGAGUCUUUAACUGAGAGAAAUGGUGUGAGCAAAAUUAAGUCAAUAACAUCAAUUCAUGUUGAUAAGAAUGGAUCCUCUCCCAUGGCAAGCAGUAACGGAAAUAUUAGGAGUAUGGAACAUGAUACCUUAGAUGGAAGUCUACGUGGAGCUAAUGACACAAAAACCACAUUGGCAUCAGCAAGAACUCCGGAUUGUCAGGAUUUGCUGAAUGGUUGUAGCAACAACCCCUCUAAUAACUCCGGAUUGAAGAGGAAAAAACAGGGAGAUCUGUGCAUUUUGUUUGCCAAAGAUGCUAAAUCAUGUGCAGAAGUGGAAGCAUUCAAGGAAUUAAUUGGGAAAGAAGCUUCCUUAUUUCUGCGAUCCUGUGGUUGGUCUGAUGAAGUUUCUAAAUUCAUGCACUCGAGCAAAAAGUUGUGUGCAAAAGAAGCAGGCAGUGAGACAUUGCAUGACCAUGAGAAGAAGAGGCUGUUGAUUUGUAGUGCGAAGCCAAAGUUUAUUUCAAAAAUUCCUGAGUCGCUGAAGGCCAGCCUAAUUGAGCGUCUCAAAUCUUUUAGCCGAGAUCAUCAAUCGUCCAGAUCUUAAGCAAACAGAUUAAUUUUGCAGUUUCCGGACAGAUGGUGGGACUGGUAUUCUGUGCUGUGUAUGAUGAUAUAUAGGUGAUGCUAAAUUGGUGAUGAUGAGAUGAGCAUUAUAGCAGCAUCAAAACCUCAGAUCUUUGCUGUUGUAAUUUCCUGUGGUGGUAGCUAAUCGGCCAGUGAAAAUUGGGAUCAAAGAGUUCAGUUUAAAACUGGCCAAAAGUUUUCUCCUUGAGGUGGCACUGUUGGCGUUGAUAGAGCAAAGAAGAAAUUAUCAAUUUUGUACUACAUUUAUUUUUUCAGUCGACCAAUCUGAUGCAUUGCAGUUUUUCCUGUAAAAAAUGCAGUCGGGGAUAAUUUCUAUUGAUACUUAACAGUUACGGAAGGAGGAUGUUAAUAUUUGCAAUCUAUUGAGGGAGCUUUGGCCUUAUAUUAAUUA